AUGAGCCAGCGAGAGUUCGAGCGCAAGAUGGAGGAGCACAUUGAGGAAAUGCGCGUGACGCAGACCAUCGCGUACUUCAGCCGCACCGUGGAGCUGUGCUUUUCGGACUGUGUGCACGCCUUCCGCAGCAAGAAACUGGACGACAAGGAGACGUCGUGCGUGAACAACUGCGCCGAGAAGUUUUUGCGCCACACGAUGCGCUCGUCCGUUCGUCUGCAAGAGAGCUACGCCGAGAUCAUGCAGCAGCAGCAGCAACAACAAGAGCAGCCGAAAUAG